CGCAUUUCAUACGCGCAGAGCCAACCAACAACCAAUUCCCCAAUCCGCCUCCUCGCCCGGCUUCAAGAGGGCCCUAAUCCGGCGUCGAAUCCGAUGGCGGCCAGCGCCGGCAGCAAGAUCCGCAACGCCAAGCUGGUUCUUCUCGGCGAUGUGGGUGCUGGGAAAUCCAGCCUGGUGCUUCGGUUCGUAAAAGGACAAUUUGUUGAGUUCCAGGAAUCGACAAUUGGAGCGGCUUUCUUCUCUCAAACACUGGCUGUUAAUGACGAGACUGUGAAGUUUGAAAUCUGGGAUACUGCUGGGCAGGAGAGGUAUCAUAGCUUGGCCCCCAUGUACUAUAGGGGUGCUGCCGCAGCCAUAGUUGUCUAUGACAUCUCGAACCAGGCAUCCUUCACCCGAGCAAAGAAAUGGGUUCAAGAACUUCAAGCUCAAGGAAACCAGAAUACAGUAGUGGCUCUUGCUGGCAACAAAGCUGAUUUGCUAGAGGCGAGGGAGGUUCAAAUAGAGGAAGCCAAGACAUAUGCGCAGGAGAAUGGCCUCUUCUUCAUGGAAACGUCUGCCAAGACUGCAACCAAUGUGAAUGACAUAUUUUAUGAGAUUGCGAAGAGACUGCUGCAAGGGCAGGCGGCGCAGAACCCACAGGCGGCGGGGAUGGUUCUCUCCCAGAGACCCAACGAGAGAGUGGUCAGCGCGGCUUCGUGCUGCUCCUGAAGCACAAGUUUUGGCCGCAUUUGCCGUCUGUAUGAAAUUUAGGAGAGGGAUUUCGGCAAGCAUUUGUCGUGCGGCUUCGUGCCGCUCUUGAUCUUGUGGCUGCCUUCCUGGCUGAUCUGAUAUACUCUAGCACCACCGCGCCUGCCUGACACUUUACUUUUCCGUUCGUGCGUUUGUCGUGUAAAUGCCCACACUGGAAUGCCCCUGCAGAUAUCGCAAUUCGCAAGUGAGAGUUACCUGCAAA